AUGUUGGUUAACAAUAGUGGUGAUAGUGGAUGUGGAGUGAACGCAAUGGAAGCAGUGGUAGGAGUGCAAGUAGAGGCAGUGGCAGUUGAAGAAGUUGCGACGGUGGCGGCAUACAGAGUUCAGUGUGCAAUGAGUUGCGGUGGAGGUGGUGAUGAAAGGAGCUGCCGUGUUGAUGGAGCAAAGAGGUGCGGUGGUGGUGGAGCAAGAGUUUCACGGUGGUUCUCUUUUGCUUUAAAGUAG